AUAAUUUAGUUUAAUUCACUACAAAAUGGAAAGCAUGAACAAAGAUGAUGCCCAUUCUAGUGGUAAGGUCCUUGCUAGAGCCAGGAGGCUUAUAAUCCCCACCUGUCAUAACCCUUCAUGAGCUUGUUUUGUAAUGGAUAGGAUAAAUGGAAUCUCUUUGAACCUAUGAGCAAUUGAGAAAAUAUUAAACCCAAAUAUAGAUGGGACGAAGGGAGGUAAAGACGAUAAACAAAAGAACCUAGAGCAAGAUUUCAAGCAUGCAGCAAGCCAGGGGCACCUAGAAUCUGAUAAAGAUGAUCUCCAAAUUCAGACUGAUUUCUCAGAGAAAUUAGAGGAGGACUUGGAAGAAGAGAAGAAAUUAUUAUCUUCACAAAGUGAUCCUCCUCAGGUUCCUUCUUAUCAGCAGAUAGAACAGUUAACUGAUAAAGACCUCAAGGACAGAUAUGAGACUCUUCGUAAUAAGAUCAAGAGCUCUAAAGAACAAAGUACUCUUUUGGCAGAUCAGGUAAAUAAGACCUUAUGAACAAAAAUAAGUGCCGAAGCAGAAAUGAAAAUAAUUAGUAGAAGAAUUCCAAAUGACCAGGAAGAAGUAGAAAGGGCAAACAAAGAACAGCAAAAGGCUAAUCAAAAAUUGACAAAAGCUACUCAACAUUAUAAUUUGGCCGAACUCAGAAAGAAGAUAAGCAUACUAACUGAGAGAAGAGUUUAAAUUAGAUCUUGAGAAGUGUCAAAAGGAACUAAAUAAAAGAGAAGGAGCUAAAGAGAAAGAACAGAAAAUGAAAGUUGGGAUGAAGCUUCUAUCUCCAAACAGCAUACAAGGAUUUAAUGAAAGAAUCAUCAAAAUUGAGAAGGUGCUUGAUAAUCAUGGAUCCAGGCUUGAUAAUCUUGAAUCCAGGCUUGAUAGAAUUGAAGGUCUACUUCAAAAAAUUUUGGAAAAGAAUGACUAACCUC